AUGGGUAGCCUUCCACUGGACGACGCCCUUUUCUCCCUAAACCCGGAUACAUUCGCCGAGGAAUCGACCGCCGUGGUCGACUUCCUCGCCCGCUACUACCGCGACAUCGAGCGGUACCCGGUCAUGGCCCUCGACGCCAAGCCAGGGUCCAUCCGCAAGGUUUUCCCCGACGCGGCGCCCGAGACGGGCGAGUCCAUGGACAGAAUCCUUGACGACGUGCAGCGGGACGUCCUCCGGGGCUGA